AUAGAGCAAUCCAUGCUUGAGAGUGAAGGAAGCUCGGAACAGGAUUCAAGCGCAAGUAAACUGAAUAGCCACGGUAAGCGCUCGGUGGCAUACUAUCGGUGAGUUGUUACCGACACGGUGAUAAUUGCCCAGUUCCCGGAAGGAUCUAGGGCUUUUCCCGCCCCUUUGGAUUGCGUUUCCAACAGACUUUACUGACGAGUCACGACAACCCAACGAAGCGCAAGUGAUCGAGCCGUCUUCAUUCCCACCCCCUUGCUGCCAAUCUUUCCCCUCUAAAUCAAUCCCUCGAACACUUAGUGUCAUCGUCAACAAUGGCCGAUCUCGGCGCAGACCGCACUGCCGCCUAUGGCGCAGUCUACUCGCCCUCAUUCCUCACAAUCUUCUACGACAAGUACGUCCUAGGCUUCAACAUGUCAAAAGUCUGGGGCUGCAGCACGGAAAACCUUCUUCUCCCCUUCUUCAGCGAAAACUUCACCCGCAAUCACCUCGACAUUGGCGUCGCUACGGGCUGGUUCCCGGCAGCCGCCCUAGCGCGGCCGUUCCGCGCCACCAGCAAGCAGCGCAUCACGCUGCUGGAUCUCACCGCGCCGCCAUUGAACGCGGCAAAGACCCGCGUGCUAUCAGUUACGACGAACACCGAGGUUCAAUGCGUUGAGGCUGAUGUCACAGAGCCGCCGCCGAAGCAGCUUCUCGGCGAGCGGUUUGACUCCAUUUCCAUGUUUAAUCUGUUCCAUUGUAUGCCUGGCGGCAAGGCCAAGCUUCGUGCAUUUGGUUUGUAUAAGGAGUUGUUGAGCCCGGAAGGUGUGUUGACUGGCUGCACGGUGCUGGGCCCAAAUGAGUCGACUGGGUGGUUUACCAAGUUCUAUCUCCGGUGGUACAACAAGUGGUGGGGUGUAUUCAACAACUGGGAUGACAAGAAGGAGGAUAUUCAGGAGGCGUUGGAUCAAGAGUUCGAGGAGGUUGAGACGUGGAUUGUUGGACAGGUGAUGCUGUUCAGGGCAAAGAAGCCCAGGAAGGCGCUUCUUGAUUUUUGAGAUUCGGAACGGAUGUGAUACCUAUAGCUGCAUGAGUUAUGAGUUAAUGAGAUGGGUACUUAACUGGAAGUCAACUUCUAGCUUCAAAAAUAGUACAAAAAGUUCGAA